CUGACUUUCCUGGGACAUCUGUUAUGACUGAUGACCUCCACAAAGAAUUCUGCCUCCAUUUUUGUCAGCGCUUCCUUACCCUUUUUCUCCCUCAUGCCUUUCAUCUCGCCCUUUCCCCAGCUUCCCCAUGGGCUCCCUCCCUGUGCCCCAGAUCUGCAGCAAGAAGCAGAGCAACUGUUUCUGUCAUCCCCAGCCUGGCUGCCUCUGCACAGCGUGGAACACUCAGCCCGGAAAUGGCAGAGGAAGACCGAUCCCUGGUCUCUCCUGGCCGUCCCCGGGGCCCCAGUACCUUCAGACUUGCAAGCCCAAAGACAUUCAACCACAGGCCAGAUAUUGGGCUACAAAGAGGUCCUGCUGGAGAACACAAACCUCUCGGCCACAACUUCCUUGUCUCUUCGCCGGCCCCCAGGGCCCCCCUCUCAGGCUCUUUGGGGGAACCCAACACAGUACCCUUUCUGGCCAGGUGGGAUGGAUGAGCCCACAGUAGCAGAGCUGAGCAUCCGGGAAGAGGCCGAGGAGGAGAUAGACUUUGAGAAAGAUCUCCUGACUGUCCCACCUGGCUUCAAGAAAGGCGUGGACUUUGCACCGAAAAAUCAUCCCGCUCCAGCCCCGGGCCUGCUCAGCCUCAGCCGUCUCCUGGAGCCCCUCGAUCUGGGUGGGGGCGACGAGGAUGAGCGUGAGGCAGUAGGACGGCCAGGAAGUACCGGAGGAGAUGCUGCGUCAGGCUCUCCCUGCAGUGGCCCCCUGGCUCGGGCGAGCAGCUUAGAGGACUUGGUGUUGAAGGAGCCGUCCACUGUAACACCCUCUCCAGAGGCCCCCAAGCCCCCAGCUCAGGAGCAGUGGGCCAUUCCGGUGGAUGUCACCUCCCCUGUUGGGGAUUUCUAUCGCCUCAUUCCCCAGCCAGCUUUCCAGUGGCCGUUCGAGCCCGAUGUGUUUCAGAAACAGGCCAUCCUGCACUUGGAACGGCACAACUCCGUCUUCGUCGCAGCUCACACGUCUGCAGGGAAGACAGUGGUGGCCGAAUACGCCAUCGCCCUGGCCCAGAAGCACAUGACACGCACCAUCUACACUUCGCCCAUCAAGGCCCUGAGCAACCAGAAGUUCCGAGACUUCCGGAACACAUUUGGGGAUGUAGGGCUGCUCACGGGGGACGUGCAGCUGCACCCCGAGGCCUCCUGCCUCAUCAUGACGACCGAGAUCCUUCGCUCCAUGCUGUACAGUGGCUCAGAUGUCAUCCGGGACCUGGAGUGGGUCAUCUUUGACGAGGUUCACUACAUCAACGACGCCGAGCGCGGGGUCGUGUGGGAGGAGGUGCUCAUCAUGCUACCUGACCACGUCUCGAUCAUCCUGCUCAGCGCCACCGUCCCCAACGCCCUGGAGUUUGCUGACUGGAUUGGGCGGCUGAAGCGUCGCCAGAUCUACGUGAUCAGCACGGUCGCCCGCCCCGUGCCCCUGGAGCACUACCUCUUCACAGGAAACAGCCCCAAGACUCAGGGGGAGCUCUUCCUGCUGCUGGACUCCCGGGGAACCUUCCACACCAAGGGGUACUACGCUGCCGUGGAGGCCAAGAAAGACAGGAUGAGCAAGCACGCGCAGACUUUUGGGGCCAAGCAGCCCACACACCACGGGGGGCCUGCCCAGGACCGCGGGGUGUACCUGUCCCUUCUGGCCUCCCUUCGCGCCCGCGCCCAGCUGCCCGUGGUGGUGUUCACCUUCUCGCGAGGCCGCUGCGACGAGCAGGCCUCGGGCCUCACCUCCCUGGACCUGACCACGGGCUCAGAGAAGAGCGAAAUUCACCUCUUCCUGCAGCGCUGCCUGGCCCGCCUCCGCGGCUCCGACCGCCAGCUGCCGCAGGUCCUGCACAUGUCGGAGCUCCUGCACCGCGGCCUGGGCGUGCACCACAGCGGCAUCCUACCCAUCCUCAAGGAGAUUGUGGAAAUGCUCUUCAGCCGCGGCCUGGUCAAGGUCUUGUUCGCCACGGAGACUUUUGCCAUGGGGGUCAACAUGCCGGCGCGCACGGUGGUGUUCGACUCCAUGCGCAAGCACGACGGCUCUGCCUUCCGGGACCUGCUCCCUGGGGAGUACGUGCAGAUGGCCGGCCGGGCCGGCAGGAGGGGCCUGGACCCCACGGGCACCGUCAUCUUGCUCUGCAAGGGCCGCGUGCCCGAGAUGGCAGACCUGCACCGCAUGAUGAUGGGGAAGCCCUCCCAGCUGCAGUCCCAGUUCCGCCUCACGUACACCAUGAUCCUCAACCUGCUGCGCGUGGACGCCCUCAGGGUGGAGGACAUGAUGAAGAGAAGCUUCUCUGAGUUCCCGUCCCGCAAGGACAGCAAGGCCCACGAACAGUCUCUGGCUGAACUGAACAAGAGGCUGGUGGCCUUGGAGGAGCCUGACUUGACUGGCCAGCUGGCUGACCUGCCUGAGUAUUACAGCUGGGGGGAGGAGCUGACAGAGGCCCGGAGCCUGAUCCAGCGGCGCAUCAUGGAGUCUGUGAACGGGCUGAAAGCUCUCUCAGUGGGAAGGGUCGUGGUUGUGAAUAAUUGUGAGCAUCACAACGCCCUGGGAGUGAUCCUGCAGGUCUCCUCCAACUCCAACAGCAGAGUAUUCACAACGCUGGUCCUGUGUGAUAAGCCCACGGCUGAGACCCCGAAGGACAGGGCGCCGGCCACCCCAGAUGUGCCCUUUCCCGAUGACCUCGUGGGGUUUAAGCUGUUCCUGCCUGAGGGGCCCUGCGACCACGUCGUGGCCAAGCUCCAGCCAGGAGACGUGGCUGCCAUCGCCGCUAAGGUGCUCCGGGUGAACGGGGAGAAGAUCUUGGAGGACUUCAACAAGAGGCAGCAGCCUAAAUUCAAGAAGGAUCCUCCCUUGGCGGGCGUGACCACUGCGGUCCAGGAACUGCUGCGCCUGGCUCAGGCCUACCCGGCGGGACCCCCCACCCUGGACCCUGUCAACGACUUGCAGCUCAAAGAUGUGUCUGUGGUAGAGGGCGGUCUCCGGGCCCGCAGGCUGGAAGAGCUGAUCCGGGGGGCUCAGUGUGUGCACAGUCCCCGUUUCCCUGCCCAGUACCUGAAGCUGCAGGAGCGAAUGCAGAUACAGAGGGAGACGGAGCGGCUGCGCUUCCUGCUGUCGGACCAGUCUCUGAUGCUGCUGCCCGAGUACCACCAGCGAGUAGAGGUGCUCCGCACCCUGGGCUACGUGGACGAGGCUGGCACUGUGAAGCUGGCAGGGCGGGUGGCCUGUGCCAUGAGUAGCCACGAGCUGCUCCUGACCGAGCUCAUGUUUGACAACGCGCUGAGUGCCCUGCGGCCCGAGGAGAUCGCGGCCCUGCUCUCGGGCCUGGUCUGCCAGAGCUCUGGGGAUGCUGGUGAUCAGCUCCCGAGUACCCUCAAGCAGGGAAUGGAGCGGGUUCGGGCUGUGGCCAAGCGGAUCGGCGAGGUCCAGGUGGCCUGUGGCCUGAACCAGUCGGUGGAAGAAUUUGUGGGGGAGCUGAACUUUGGGCUGGUGGAGGUGGUGUACGAGUGGGCCCGGGGCAUGCCCUUCUCCGAGCUGGCAGGGCUCUCCGGGACUCCCGAGGGCCUGGUCGUGCGCUGCAUCCAGCGCCUGGCUGAGAUGUGCCGCUCGCUGCGGGGGGCGGCCCGCCUGGUGGGCGAGCCUGUGCUGGGGGCCAAGGUGGAGUCAGCGGCAACACUGCUGCGGAGGGACAUCGUCUUUGCGGCCAGCCUCUACACCCAGUGAGCUGCCCGGGAGCGGCGUCUGCUGUCUGACUAGAAUAAAGCUGCGAGCCACC